AUGAGAAUUCUUUGCCUUCAUGGAGCAGGGACGAACAGUCACAUCUUCGAACUGCAGACAGCCGCUAUACGCUACCAGUUGAGGUCAGAAAACUACGAGUAUGAAUAUGUUGAUGGCACGAUCUCAUGGCCCCCACACGCCGAAACUAAUCUGCUCCUUGCAUCAACCCAAAGCGAAUGCUUUGCAUACUUUGAAAGAAACAUCGACAGUCUCCGAACCGCGCUGCAGGACCUGCAUGAUUACAUUAUCCACAACGGACCAUUCGAUGCCGUCCUUGGGUUCUCGCAAGGCGCCAGCCUCGCUGCAUCGUACAUUGCCCAGCGUGCACUCGACCCAGCUCCAGAUCCCAACUCCGAAUUCAAGUGCGCUAUUUUUAUCUGUGGAACUUAUGGUCUGCACAGCGGCGGUGAGGGUAGGAUACUCAGUGUGGACGAAGAUGGGGAGAUUAUUCAGAUUCCAACUGUUCAUAUCUUCGGCUCGAAAGAUCCACUCGUACAAGAAAGUUUAGAUCUGAGCCGAAUCUGUGAUCAGCGGUCAAGGGUUAUGUUGGAUCAUAAAGGCGGGCACGAAGUGCCUCGUGGGGCU